GCUCAUUUAGCUGUUUCUGAGGCGUAGCGGCGAUAGAGGGAGAGAGAGUGAGAAGUGAAGAGAUGUCAGAUGUGUGACUGAAUCUUGAACGUGUGAAACGAGGAGGAGGAGGAGACGAAGAGAUGAUUCGGGGAAAGAAGCCGAGGAUUUCCAAGCCGAGAUCCGAUUACUUCGACGGAUUACCGGACGACAUCGUCGUCUCCAUCCUCACCAAGCUCAGCUCCUCCGCUAGUUGCCCGGCGGAUUUCGUUUCUGUUCUUAUGACAUGCCGGAGACUGAACAGACUCGGCCUCAAUCCGCUGGUUCUGUCCUCAGCCGGUCCGGAAACCCUCGCCGUCCGCGCCGGAAGCUGGUCGGAGUUCGCUCACCGGUUCUUGAAACAGUGCGUCACCGCCGGUAGCAACGAAGCUUGUUACAUUCUCGGCAUGAUCCGAUUUUACUGCCUGAAAGACCGGGAGAGCGGCGCGUCGCUGAUGGCGAAGGCGGCGAUGAGGUCGCACGCGGAGGCGCUCUACUCGCUGGCGGUGAUCCAGUUCAACGGCAGCGGCGGCGACAAGAAGGACAAGGACCUCCGCGCCGGGGUGGCGCUCUGCGCCCGUGCCGCCGCCCUCGGCCACACCAACGCCAUCCGCGAGCUCGGCCACUGCCUCCAAGACGGCUACGGCGUCCCCCAGAACGUCGCCGAGGGCCGCCGCAUCCUCAUCCAAGCCAACGCGCGUGAGUUCGCGUUACUCCUACGCGUUGCCUCGCUGGCCCAAACACACCCUGACAUCCUCUCGUCGGGUUCCGGUACCGGGCAUCCUCUGCUGAGCGACUUCGGGUGCGGCCUUGCCCCGAGGGAGGCUCACCCGGCGAGCCGGUUCUUGACGGAGUGGUUUGGGUCCUGGAAAUCCGACCCCGGGUUGAGGAUGUGCUCGUAUUCGGGCUGCGGGCGACCCGAGACCCGGUCGUGCGAGUUCCGGCGGUGCUCGGCGUGCAGUGCCGUGAACUACUGCUCGCGUGGGUGUCAGGCGCAGGACUGGAGGGUGCGCCACGGCGCGGUUUGCACGCCAAUGCUUGAGCAUGCGUAUGAUCAUGAUGAUGUGGCGGAUCGGAGGGCUGAGAUUUAAGGGACAGUGGGUGGGCCCACCCGAUGAUCGAAGGGUACAGAGAGAAUCCAGAAGCAGAAGAGUGUUUGUUUUGAAUUGAUGUUCAUCGCUAGGUCACUUUUAGCUUUGUCUUUGUCUUUUUUCUUUUAUUUAUUUGUUUUGUACAUAUGAGACGAAAACAUUUUGAUUUUGUACCAACUCUGUGCUAUAAAAUUGGGGUUUAUAAUUUUUUUUA